AUGGCGACUCUGCUUCAUCAAAGAUUGAAUGAAGCGGCGAAGGCAGGAGAUAUUGACGAAUUGUAUGUCGUGCUCCAAGAAGAUUCAUAUGUUCUUGAGGUCAUUGAUAAGAACCCUUUCAUAGACACUCCAUUACAUGUUGCUGUAAAUGCUGGGCAACUCUGUUUUGUGGAGGAGAUCACAAACCUGAAGCCUUCCUUUGUUAGAAAGCUAAACCCAAAUGGGUAUAGCCCUUUGCACUUGGCUGCCUCUAAUGGGCACCUAGAGAUAGUGAAGCAACUCUUGAAGGUAGACUCUUCUCUGGGUCAACUCCAGGGAAGAGAGAAGAGAACUCCACUUCAUUGUGCAGUCAUGGCAGGAGGGAGCAUUGAAGUCUUGGAUGAAAUCAUCUUCAAGUGCAACAAUUCUCUUCGGAAGAAGACGUUUCUAAAGGAGACAGCUCUUCACUUGGCCGUGAAACAUGGCCAAUUGGAAACUGUUAAAGCCUUGUUGGGAUGGAUUCAAGAGCUUAAAAUGGAGAGGCUUCUAAGCAAGACCGAUCAGGAAGGCAACACUGUAUUGCACCUUGCAACCUCCUUAAGACGACAUCAGAUAGUGAAGAUGUUGUGCAGUGGUGGGUGUAAGGUUAUAAGGGCAAUAAAUGUGAAGGCCAAAAACAAUGAUGGUUGGACAGCCUUAGAUUUGGAUGAGUUAGUGAGACACUCAGAAGAACCACUUGAAGUACAGAAUAUAUCAAACAUCCUCCACAACAAGAACAAUCAAGUGAAGAUGAUCAACAAGUUUUUCCCUUUAACUUUUCCCUUCUCACCUACCAAACAGUCAAAACUAGCCAUUCAUCGUCGUCACAGGUUCUUCCACUACUUCAAUUUCAGGGUCAGAGAAGAUACCUCACUCGACGUCCGUGAUUCACUCAUGGUGAUUCUUGUUCUGAUUGCCACCAUCACUUUCGAGGUCGGAAUCAACCCGCCGGGUGGUAAUUGGCAGGAAGACUAUAACAAUGGUAAACUCCGAGCCGGAGAUCCGAUUUGGAUGAGUAAAGACAGAGUUGGGUACAUCAUAUUCGCGGUAGUCAACUGUGCAGGCUUCGUUACUUCUUCAAUGAUGAUCUUUAGACUUGUGGAAGGACACUCUUAUAGUGGUCCGGUUCAACUGGCCCAAUCGUUACUGGUUUUUACUUAUAUUUGGUCAGCUCCUUGGCUCCCUUAUACGAAUGAAGGCAAAUUUAUAAUCCUCCUAGUGUUGGUUCCCGUAGUGGCAUUGGCACUCCAUUGGUUUAAUAAGAAGCCAAUGCAGCUCAUCAACUGA